AAUGGUAUUCCCCAUCUACGAGACUUUUGAUUGGUCAACUAAUGAUUGAACUCGUAUCUUUCCGUUAGUUUCCGUAUAAGAGACGACUACAGGAAGGUGUGUGUUUUUGCAAAGAGCGGUUGUUUUGAAAAACAAAAUUAAUAGUGAUGGCAGGUGCUGCAGAUCUAGAUGAUGAGCUACAAACGUUACAAGUCAGAUUGAAACAGGCUCAAGAUAAAACAGACUUUUGGAUGAAGGAGGAAAUCAAACAACUUGCUGCCAAUCAAAGUAUCAAACAUGAACAAGUGCUUAAAGACCUGAAUGAUCAAAAGGAGAAAUAUGAGCACAUCAUGUCCAGCAAACUAAAAGAGAAUAUUAUAACUGAUAAAAAAUUGGAAGAGAAAUGUGCCCAGUUGGAGAGUUUGAAGACAGAACUUGAGAAGCUCUACACAAUAUCACAAGAGCUGCAUACUACAAAAGCUAAAUAUGAGGCAGAAAAUAGGUCAGUGAUAACAGAUAUUGAGCAGAUCAAGAAAGACAUAGAUGCUCCAACACAAGCUAAACAAGAGUUAAAUUACCUGAAUAAAGCAAGUGAUGUAUUCAGCAGUAUGUUGGGAUUGUCCUUCAAGAAAACACAUGGUGGUAGAAUUCAAGUUAUUUUCACUCAUAUUGAUGAAAAAGAUCCACUGAUGGCUUUUUAUUUCUUCCUUCAAAUUCAAGGUCCUAGUAGGAAAUAUGUUGUAAGUGAUGUUGAACCAUCAGUUGAUGGGGUUGAAGAACUGGUAACAGAGUUGAACAAAACAAAUAAUUUGAGACGUUUUAUGUUGGAAAUGAGAAGCAAAUUUAAAGCUACAGUAAAAAUUAGCUGAAUGUGAUGUUAUUAUCUUGUUAUUUAUCUAUGUAUAUUCUGUAUUUCUCUUGUUAGUGGAUAUGAACUUGUUAUGAACAUUUUUUUUAAUCAAGGUUCAAUGAAGGAAAAAAAUCAUAAAUUUAUAGGAUUGAUGGAUUGGUCAAAUU